AAAAGACUAUAGCCAUGAUUAUCUUCAUCAUCUCCUUCAAUGCACAAGAGAGUAUCUUUCUUCGCUACACACUUUUAUGCAUUUUAUACUUGAACAUCCAAACGAGUGCUUAUCAACACUAUAUCUUCGCUACAGGUAGGCAUGAACUCAUGAAUCCAAGCUCAUGGGAAAUAUUCGAGAUAAACCUUGGGAGCAGUGGCUUGGUAGGCAUGGAUGGGUGGGCGUUGCCCAUCUGGCGAAGCAAGGUAGUUGUGCCAGCCAAGUUUGGUACUGGCAAUGUUGCCCAACUUCGCCAGAAAGGGCUAGGUGGCAAAAACAUGAGAGUGAACCUGAUUCUUGAAACAGUACCUUUUGAUGCUAACCAAGAACUUGAAAUCUCGUGGAAAAUCAACCAGAAGAUGUUAUUUGAGUCUCCGUCAACUGUCAACCACUAUAUUCAAUGCAAAAAUCCUAGGAACUUUAUCAAGAUCUUGCACAGAGGUUGUUUUGCCAGUUGCACUCAAGUGGUUGUCCAGAAAGAAGAAUUUCGAGCACACUGUCACGGACCGCGAGCUCGAACGCCGAAGAAAAGGGUCCCAACGCCAGGGUCGCGGUGCAACGUCGCGAACUCGAUGGCCUGGCGUGCUCGCACCGAGCGUCUUGAUGGCACGGCCGUAAGCAGCCUAGUUACAUGGAGGAGGAUCGUGACGAUGGCAAGCCAGAGGGUUGAGGCUAGCAAAGUUGCAGAGGUUCUAGAGGAGAGGGGUUGUCGGGAGACCCGUGGGGACGCUUGGAAGAAGAGAAGGUCCAAGGCAUUGUCGCCAGCAUCGCGGGAUGCAUUUACAGCCUAUGAGAGGAGGCUGGCCAAGCUCGAGCUAGCCAUGGGUGAUGUCCAUGAGCAGCUAGACACUCUUGAUUAUCAAAUGGAAGAGCAUGACGAUAGGGGCGGUGUUGACGACCACUUGAGAUUUUUUCAAAAUAAAUUGAAAAAUCAAGUGUGAAAUAUAUAAGAAAAAGGGAGUCGCCAC